AUUUAUUGGAGAAACAUGGUGAAAUAAGGUUAAAAAUUUUUACUCGCUCAAUCGCAGUUUCUUUGAAUCAAAUAUGCCUUUUAUGCUAUGUCUAGCUCAGAUAUUUAAUACUCCCCCCCCCCAAAAAAAAAAAAGUCAAAAUAAACUAAUCUGUGUCGGUCAUUCCCAACUGAUCGACACCCAUAUUUAAUAUAUCAUGAUGAUCAUGCUUAAUUUUCCCCCUGUUUGUAUUUUGUUGCGCAAAACUUUGCCAUUGUUACAACUUGUUGGAAUUCCUCCAUGCCCCCAGGAGGGGCGGACCUUCAAGUAAAUAAAUCCUUGUCAUUUUCACCGACAUUGUCAUUCACCGUAUACCAUCUAUUAUUCUCCGCAUUCUCAAAACUGUUGUUUUUUACCAGCUCCAUCUUGUGUCAGAAGACGGCCAUUGUAAAUAAGAGCAAUUCGUCGAGCUGGAAAUAAGCUGCUUUCUUUUCUCGAUCUUAAUUGUAAACUGGUAAACUUUAAUAUCAAAUAAAGAUGGCUGAGAACAUUUUUCUUUUUGUACCUAACAUAAUUGGGUAUUUUCGGAUUCUGUUCACCAUCUUGUCUCUGUUCUUCAUGAGAAGUUGCUACCAACUGGCUACACUCCUAUACCUCGUAGGUUCCUUCUUGGAUGCAUUUGAUGGACACUAUGCUCGUAAAUUCAAACAAGGGACCAAAUUUGGUGCUAUGCUGGACCAGUUAACCGAUCGAUGUGCUACUCUGUGCUUGACCAUGGCUUUAUGUGUGCUGUAUCCUGAGUAUAUGGUCCUUCUGCAAUUGAGUGCUGCACUGGACAUUGCGAGCCAUUGGCUGCAUCUCCAUAGUUCUUUGAUGGGAGGUAAAACAAGUCAUAAGUUGAUUGAUCCAUCUGAGAACCCUAUCCUAUCCAUCUAUUAUACAUCAAGGCCAGUACUAUUUGUCAUGUGCUCAGGUAAUGAGCUCUUCUAUUCCAUGAUGUACCUUUUGUACUUCACAGAAGGACCUACUGUGAUGUCGAUGGGUCUCUUCCGUAUGAUAUUCUAUAUAUCAACUCCCAUUGCGAUUGUAAAAGCCAUGAUCAGUGGUGUACAUCUCGUUGUUGCAUCUAGGAACAUGGCCACCAUUGAUGUUGCAGAGAGGGAGGCUGCAGCUCAAUCAAAAAGCCAGUAAAUAGUUAAACAUAACUGUAUAUCAAUGAUAGUCAAAGCAGUUGUCACAAAAAAACAUUAAGUACAGAUUCUGUUCCUGAUUUAUGCUCUAAUUUAGGGAUUUCAUGGGGGGGGUUGUUAAAUAGAGGAUGGGCCCGAUGUGGAUUUUUGCAUACUCUAAGUGGGUUGAUGCACAAAAAGAGGACAAACAGCCGACACAAUCUCUCUUAAAUUGAAUAGAAAGGAACUUUUGAUCUUUUCUUUAUUAAUCUUUCACCAUUCAUCAGAGGCUGAGCAAAACAUGCCUAUUAACCAAAUUUAUUUGAAAUUAUAUCUGAGAUUUUCAUUAGUUACAUGUUGUUACUUUGAAGGCCACACCUAUCCAUCAUAGUGAGGUAUAUACAUUUGUACGUGUAUAAGUUCAUGAUGUUGAUAUUAAUACAAACACAGAUACAUUCCCAAUUGGGUUCAGUGAAGAAAGUCGUAUUUUCUGUAUGGAAUAAAAUUAUCAACAACUUGUAUUACUCAGAUAUAAAGCCAUAAAGAGUAAUACAUGUUUUGUGUAGAAAAUAAUGCAGGACGUAAUUGUGUAGGCAGGAAUUAGAACAUUGUAAAUUAUUUUUGCCAGCACAUCCUUGUUUAGCUUAGAGACACUGGACAUUGUAGUAUUUCCUUAUAUUGAUUUAAUAUUAUUGAAAUACAGCAAUGUUUGCUGUGUGAUGUUGUUUUGAUCAUGAUAUAUUACGUUGUUUUUCAAAGUAAGUAUGACCUUUCUAGUUCAUCUCUCUGGUAUUAAUUUUAUGAAAUUUCCUGGUUUCAUAUGAUUUGCUAGAUGAAUAUCAUAUUACCUUACAGAAUGGGAAGUUAUCAACCAUGCAUUAAUUCAUAUUUUGUAGUAUUUAAAGGUACUAUAAUAAUAUGUACAGAACAGAAUGGGAUUAACUUUUUUUUUCAUUGUUACUGCAGUUAUGUACAUGUUUGUCAUAUAGUUACAAUGUUCAGUGGUAUUAAUAUAUAUGGGUAUUAUUAAUGUUUAACAUUGGUACCUUGGGCAAGUUAGAAUCUUGCCAAAAGGAAUGAGUAUUUGAUCAAUUUCCUGUUUUCAUUUGAUAUAGUCACCUUGAUAUCAUUGCAUAAAUCAUAAGCUAAUGCACUGUAAAAUAGUAUGUUUGUGAUUAUCAUUUUUUCACUUCAUAAUUCAUAUUUGUAGAUUGAUU